AUGCAAGGAACAAUUUGUGACAACACAACACCUAAAUCCCCAAAGGGCUUCCAUGACAUCUACUCUAAUACUGCUUUCAACUUUGAAUAUCCCACUACAGCUAAUGCAUUAUUCCCUGUUCUAUGGGACAUCGUUUACUUUUUAUUGACUCAAUUAUAUUUCCUCAAAAGACAAUGUAAAUUCGACUUGGGAAAUGCUUGCGGUUGGUAUUAUUGUAAAUACGGUAAAGGUAUUAAUACCAAUGGCACAGCCGAUGCCACAUCACUAAAAUCUUGGAUAUGCCAACAAACUGAUGCCGCUGACCACACCUCCAAUUGCGGCUCCACCAAACCCUCCCCCCUUCAAGCUUUCUUAUGUGAUUGUCUAACCGGUUUUCGAUGUCAAUAUAUAGAAGAUAAUAAAUGUCAAAUUCAAAAUGGUCAACUUGUACCCACUAAUGGUGUCACCCCUGUACCAUAUAGUGACCAUGUUUCCCAUCGUCAGUUUCAUUUAUAUUGCCCAGUACCAAUGGGAUUCAACAAGGAACUCCUCCCACAAAAUGGUCGCACUGGUAACUAUCUCAAGGAGAUACUUGAUUACUUCACCCAAAAGGACCGUGACUCUGUCAGCUGUUACAAUAUAACUUUAUGCCUGCUUAUUGUAUGUAAACGAACACCAAGAACGGUGGGCGAUCUCUUCGCGUUUUUCUUGUAUCUUGAUGAGAAUAUGGAAACUGAUGGUGUCGACACUGAAAUCCAACAAAAAAUGAAUGAUUUCACCGUCGUGUGCUAUACUGAAUCGCAAACGUUUACCAACGCUCUCAACAAAUUAGGUGAAGACCAUCCCGAUGACCACAACGAUGUCGCCACCCUCCACACCCUCCGUGACAGUGAAUGCACAACUCCCCGAACCUGUGGCAAGUACCUUGACCCCCUGUCAUUCGUUAUCUAUUGCAACGUCUCCGUAGCUUUCGCGGAAACUUAUUUGAAAUGGAUAAUUUAUCUCGCAGAGGUUUUAUACGAUGGUCUAAAACAGUUACAGAAGGAUUUCCAAAAACGCAAAUGUGACCAUGAUAAACAAAACAAAUGCCCCGACGGUUGUCAUGGCGAAAAAGACAAAUGCCUCUGUCCCACCAUCGUCCAAUGCGCUGAAGUCCUACCACUUUUCUUCAAAUUCGGCUUCACAUUUUCAAUGGCCGAUGCAUUGAAUGGUAAAUACAAAUCCAAACCCGACUGGCUCCGCCAAUGCAAGGGCUUCUCCACGCAACUACAAAAUGUCAUCAUCAACGGUGGCCUCUUCAAAAUACUUCUCGACGAAAUCAACAAAUUCCUCACCUGCAUCCGCAAACCAUUCCUCUACUACCUCCUAACAUUCUGGCUUAUAGCCAUUCUGUACUUCAGCUACGGACUAACAAUACCUCUGGACCUCCUCCACAUCCGUUCACAUUUGAGACCCGCUUUGUCCCAUCAAAUAUCGGUGUUGGCGUUAUUAUCACACAAGGCAAUGGCACCAACAAAGGUUGGGUAUUUCACACCGUAA